GACACCUCAUUCCAUCUAAUAUAUCGUCUCUCGCCUCUCUAACUCCACCAUUUUCUCCCGAUAAAUCACGUUUCAAACCCCAUUUUUCACAUUCAUCUCGUCUCAAUUUCUUUUUUAUUUUUUAAUUAAUUACCAGAACAGACACCGAUUCCUUCUCCUUCAUCAUUCUCAUUCUCUCUCUCUGCUCUGCUCUGAUAUGCUUUAUUCUUCUUCUUCUUCUUCUUCAAUUGUUAUGUAAUGAUUUUGAUUUUGUUUGUCUCACCAUUAUUGAAUUUUUGAGGAAUUUAAAUUAUAUAUAUAGAAAAAAGUGAAGAAUUUGGGGGCGACCGGAAGCAGAAGUAGGGUUAGGGUUUGGUUUGUGAAAUACAGUAGACCAAUCCAAUUCAAUCGAGAAAGCUGAUGCUGUAGAACAACAUCAAAUCAAUGGCGAGCGAGUUGGUGAUGAGCCCCCAGUUGGAGCAGAUCCACGGUGAAAUUCGCGAUAAUUUUCGAGCCCUUUCAAAUGGAUUUCAAAAGCUGGAUAAAAUUAAAGAUUCAAGUAGACAAAGUAAGCAGCUCGAGGAGCUUACAACCAAGAUGAGGGAGUGCAAAAGACUAAUUAAAGAGCUUGACCGCGAAAUCAAAGAUGAGGAGCCCCGAAAUCCUCCUGACCUUAAUAAGCAACUCAAUGAUGAGAAACAAUCUAUGAUCAAAGAGCUUAACUCAUAUGUGGCUUUGAGGAAGACUUAUUUGAAUAGCCUUGGGAACAAGAAACUUGAACUCUUUGAUAUGGGAGCAGGAGUUAGUGGUGAACCUACAGCGGAGGACAAUGUUCAAAUGGCAUCAGCUAUGUCAAAUCAAGAACUAGUCAAUGCUGGGAUGAAAACAAUGGAUGAGACCGAUCAGGCCAUUGAACGCACGAAAAAGGUUGUGGAACAAACAAUUGAAGUGGGAACUCAGACUGCUACUACAUUAAAAGGCCAAACAGAUCAAAUGGGUCGCAUUGUUAAUGAGUUGGACACAAUUCAGUUCUCAAUCAAGAAGGCCUCCCAGCUUGUGAAGGAGAUUGGUAGACAGAUUGCGACAGAUAAAUGCAUCAUGCUUUUUCUAUUCCUUAUUGUCGUAGGUGUUAUAGCAAUCAUUGUGGUGAAGAUUGUGAAUCCAAGUAACAAAGACAUUAGGGACAUCCCUGGAUUGGCACCACCUGCCCCAAGUCGGAAGCUAUUAUAUCUGAGGACCGCAGAUUAUUUGGAAUAAGAUUGUGUUAUAUCACAAGAUUUAUUUCGUCCAUCCAUCCCAUUACUAUGGCGGAUGGAAAGGAAGCUGCUCAAAAGGGAUGUUAUUUGCGAGCAUCACUCGGUUCUUUUUUCAUUUAUUUUCAAUAGCUGAAUCCAUUCUUGCUUGAGUUGUGCAUAUCCUGUGUUGUGAUUCUGUGUAAAUCACAUGCGAGUUCUUCUAGCUUUGUUUUGAUUUCGAUGAUAUGAUUCGUUUCAUUCUGUAAUUUUUUCAAAGAUUGUUUAGUAAGUUGCCGGAGAUGAUGAUGGUGGUGUUCCCCUUUUCUUUUCUCGCCUGUGAAUCCACGCUGUACAUGUCCCACGAAAGGAGAUUGAUUGUAUGAUCUUUGAGAAUAUGUAUGUAUGCUAACACUUUUUUUAUUCUUCUUUCUAUAAAUCUUUUACGUGGGAUGGUUGGAUUUUGGAGCAGCAUUCUUUAAAUUGGAUGUAGAUUUUGGUUCAAGUCAUGUCAUUAUUAUUAUUAUAUGGAUUAUGGCUCUUACUAUGGGGCUAUUUUCUC